AUGUCAUCAUCUCUCUCCUUCCUCACCGAGAACUCCGCCGCCGCGGCCAUCGGCGAUGCAUACAACACUUUCGCCGAACGAAGGGCGUUGCUCAAUCUGCCCAACCCCGGCACUGUCGAUAAUCUCGCCAGGGAAGUGCAAAAGGAUGUCCUGUUGACCAACUUCAUGUUCUCCGGUCUCCGGGCAGACUUGACCAAGGUCUUCGGUAUGUCCCCUCUGUUCCGUGUGUCGCACGCUCUCUCUAUGGGUUCCACCGGCAACUUGCCUCCAUACGCUUUCUCCGCCAUGUUCGGAAACCCCAAGGUUUUCAUGCAAGGUAACUACGGAAGUGAUGGUGCGCUUGCCGCCGUCGGCAACUACCGCUGGAGCCCGGCCCUGGUCACCAAGACCAAUGCCCAGAUCAUGGCAGGUGGCUCCCAAGGCUUGGUUCAGAUCGACAACGACUACACCGGCUCCGAUUUCUCUGCAUCUCUCAAGGCCUUCAACCCGUCUUGCCUGGAGGGUGGUCUGACUGGUAUCUUCGUCGGCAGUUACCUCCAAUCCGUCACUCCCGCUCUGGCCCUCGGUUUCGAGGCUAUCUGGCAACGCCAGGGUAUCACUGCCCGCCCCGAGACUGCUCUCUCCUACUCCGCCAAGUACAAGGGUGAGGACUGGAUCGGUACUGCUCAGCUCCAGGCCCAGGGUACUUUCAACGCCACCUACUGGCGCAAGCUGUCCGAGCGUGUUGAGGCUGGUGUUGACAUGAACCUUCAACUCUCUCCUUCUCCCGCUGCUCUGAUGAUGGGCGGCCCUGCCCGUGACGGUACCACCGCCAUUGGUGCCAAGUACGACUUCCGUGCCUCUUCUUUCCGCGCUCAGGUUGACAGCACCGGUAAGGUCAGCUGUCUCCUCGAGAAGCGCAUUGCCAUGCCCAUCUCCCUCUCCUUUGCUGGUGAGAUUGACCAGGCUAAGCAAACCGCCAAGCUUGGUCUUGCUGUUUCCCUCGAGCUCGCUGGUGAGGACUUGAUGGAGCAGCAGGAGAAGGCUGACCCCGCCGCCAUGAUCCCUCCUCCUUUCUAA